AUGGUGAAGUAUAUGCGUUUGCCCAUCGUGGAUGAUUCUAGUCUUGAGAUCAUGCUUGAGGUUCCAAGCUAUCAUUCUUCUAUCAACAGUGUGGAGUUGUACUUAGAGGUCAAACCGGUUUCUCAUUGUUCGCCAUUAGCAAAUCAUCAGACACGUAAGCGUUCUCGGCAAAAUGAUGCAGAUGAAAGUGCCAAUGUGAGAAACCCUCGUGAGAAUAACAAUAACGGGUGGCUUGAAGAGGAUAAUAGUACGGAUGACGUAAACUGCGGUAAUAACGAGGCUGCGCAGAAAGAUUCAAUGAAGAAAAAGCCAGAUCCAACUAAAGAGCUCAGCAAUUGUGUCUCAAAGCAAUAUAUUUUGUCUAGUUCAUGGCUUACUGAACGCGAGUUGUAUGUUGGGAUGCUUUUUAGAGAUCAAGAGGAGCUGAAGAAAGCAGUGAAGCUCUACUCUGAGAGAAGACAACGAGACUACGAUGUGUAUGAUUAUUCCAGUAAAAUUCAUUUCAGGUGCACAAAGAUCUGCGGAUGGGAUCUCAAGGCAGCUAAAACGAAUGGAAAUGGCUUCGAAAUAACAGAAUACAAAGGUGUACAUACUUGUAAGCCAGCAAAUGUGGGCUCCGACUUUUUGGCAGGGGAGAUCGAAUGUCUAAUAAAGGCUCAGCCUUCACUCUCUAUCUCGGAGUUGAUCAAGUGGGUGAAAGAAGAGUUUAGCUACACAGUCUCGCAUGAUAGUAUGUGGGAAGCUAAAAAGAAAGCCAUCACUUCAAUCUUGGGAGAUGCGGACAAGUGUUUUAGCGUAUUUCCCAAGUUCAUGGCUGCCCUUUGCUCCUCUAAUAAGAUGGUAAUGGAUUGGCAAUACGAUCAUUUUCCUAAUCAUCCUAAAGAAGCAUCCUUUCGUUCUGUGUUUUGGGCAUUUCAACAAUCAAUCAAAGGGUUUCCUCACUGCAUGCCGGUGAUCAUGGUGGAUACGGUAGACUUGUGCGGUAAGUACGGUGGGAAGUUGUUGGUUGCCACGGGGGUUGAUACUGGAUCUAAGUCCUUUCCACUUACAUUUGCAAUUAUUACCCAAAAAAGUUUGGCAGCUGAUUCUUGGCGUUGGUUCUUUGAGUGCAUCAGAAAGAAAGUAACGCAAAGAGAAGGUCUUUGUCUGAUAACAAGUCCGGAUCCCGACAUAGUUGCAGUUCAUAACGAGCCUCAGUGUCAGUGGGCUCAACACCGGUUCUGUAUUAGUUAUCUAUGCCUCAAAUUUUACGAUGUUUUCCGUAACAACCUGAUGACGGAGUUUGUUCACAAGUCUGGAACCACGAGAUUUGGUUUCAAGAAUGCAAACACGAUUUUUGCGACUUACGGUUUCAUAUACAAAGUUCGUGAUCUUCCCAUCACAACCUGUAUCUUGCUAAUUUUUGAUCACGUGGCAGAGCGUUUCAAAUCUCGACGUGAAAGCCACGACGAAUCACUGAAGAACAGAGGAGAUAAGUUUGCUAAAUAUGUCAUGAAACAGCUUCAAGAUUGCAAUGUAGCUUCUAGAACGCACGAUGUAUUGCCAUUAGAACCAAUCGGAGUGAGGUUUCAGGUUGCGGUUGCGAAGCAAGACGGAGGAUAUAGUCGAUAUGUUGUUCAUCUCAACGACCGGAUUUGCACGUGUGGGAUAUUGCAACUUGUCAAGUAUCCGUGUUCGCACGUGCUGGCGGUUAGCAGGAGGAUUAAUAGUGACCAUUUGCAGUAUGUAAACGACUGUUACAGCGCAGAGAAUUAUCUUGGAACUUACGCUGCUGAUUUUAAUCCACUUCCGGGAGUCUCUGAUUGGUCGGAAGCUUCUGAAGUUCCACGACUGUUUCCUCCUGGAAGUCGUGCGCCGUCAGUUGCCCAGCCAGUGCCAACAGCGCCACCGCACAACAAAUCAGCGAAGGCAAGUAAGUUGGUAACAAGCAGAAGACGUUCCACCAGUAAGAAAAAGGCCUGA